GCCCCGUGCGAGGCCAGAUCCCACCCCACACUUCCCGCCGGCGCCGGUGAGGUACCAGUGGCAGCGACAGGCGCGGUCCUCGCGGGAGAGGGAGCAUGAAGAUCGAGUUUGCGCCGCUCAACAUCCCGCUGGCGCGGCGCCUGCAGACCGCGGCGGCGCUGCAGUGGGUGGUCAGCUUCCUGCUGCUGGCUCAGAUGUGUGUUGGAAUCUUCGUGCUACUGAUCGUAUACAACUACUGGUUUCUUUACAUCCCUUAUUUGACAUGGCUUUUCUUUGACUGGCGGACUCCAGAGCAAGGAGGCAGGAGAUCCAACUGGGUCAGUAACUGGCCUGUUUGGAGGUACUUUAAGGACUAUUUUCCAAUUCAUCUCAGGAAAACUUGGGAUUUGGAUCCCAGUCACAACUACAUAUUUGGGUUUCACCCCCAUGGAAUACUUGUGACUGGAGCCUUUGGAAAUUUUUGUGCCAACUACUCGGACUUCAAGGAGCUGUUUCCCGGCCUCACUGUGUAUGUUCACGUGCUCCCGUGCUGGUUCCGCUGUCCUCUCUUCCGAGAAUAUCUGAUGAGUAGCGGGGCUGUUUCGGUGUCUAAGGAAAGUCUCUCCUAUGUAUUGAGCCAGGAGGGAGGUGGAAACAUUUCAGUCAUUGUCCUUGGGGGUGCCCGAGAAUCACUGGAGGCCCAUCCAGGAAAAUUGACUUUGUUCAUCCGCCCAAGGAAAGGAUUUAUUAAAAUCGCUUUGACUCAUGGGGCCCAUUUGGUCCCAGUAUUUUCUUUUGGUGAAAAUGAUCUGUUUAAACAAAUUAACAACCCUGAAGGUUCAUGGCUUCGAACUGUUCAAGAGAAACUGCAGAAGAUCAUGGGGUUUGCUUUGCCACUCUUUUAUGCCAGAGGGAUUUUCCAGUACAGUUUUGGUCUACUACCCUAUAGGAAACCUAUCCACACUGUUGUUGGUCGCCCCAUUCCCGUUCAUCAGAAUCUGCACCCAACCCCGGAGCAGAUUGAAGAGCUGCAUCAGACCUAUAUGGAGGAACUAAGGAAAUUAUUUGAGGAGCACAAAGGGAAGUACGGAAUUCCAGAGCACGAAACUCUCAUUUUUAAAUGAU